AUGGUACACCACAUAAGAAGGAGACGACGACUACCAAACGACCCAGCUCCCACAUUGCCCCACACCCCUCCCCCUCUAACCCCCCAUCCCCCCUGGGACCCCAAACACCAAGACACCCCCAACCCAAGACCCGACAAAGCCAAAACACACCCCUACCCGAUAACAGGACCAAGCCCACCCCCGAAACCACAGCCGAACCGAGACACUGGACACCACCCUCUGACCGGACAGCGACCACAGCCCUCCACUCCCGGACGACACUACGCACACCAACCACAACCCACUAUACACAAAGCCCAAUCACCACGGACUUCCCCUCCUACCCACCUAAACACGACCCAACAGCCCGAACCCUAUGGACCAACCCAACAUGAUCAGACCCUCCUCAUCUCCCCUCAAACAAAACACCCCCCAACCCUAACUAUAAGCAACCCCUCCGCUCCUCUACAGUGA